AUGGAUACGCUUCGAAUAUUGAUGUUACUCAGUCUCUUUCUGCAAACUAUCCUCGCCAUUUUUGGUCGUCGGCGGAAGUGCUGUACUGGAUUCUGGCUUCGUUCUGUUGUUUGGUUAGCAUACUUGUCAGCAGACUUGAUGGCAACUUUAUCAUUGGGUAUCCUAGUUCGCAGCCUAACCAACUGUGCAAAUCCUAACAUGAUUCCUGUAUUUUGGGCUCCAAUCCUUCUUCUUCAUCUUGGUGGCCCUGAAACUAUUACGGCUUAUUCAUUGGCAGACAAUGAAUUAUGGCUAAGGCGCCUUCUUGAGCUAGUAAUCCAAGCUGGUGUGGCUUCUUAUGUCCUGUUCAAGUUAUGGAGCAAGAACACAAUCAUAUUUGUAGCCAUUCCCAUCUUUGUUUCAGGAAUUAUUAAGUAUGGGGAGAGGAUUUGGGCUUUGACGUUAGAAACCUUAGAGGAUUUUAGAAGCGAAGAUAUAUCAUCCAGCAGCAGCAGUGCAUAUGAGGUCAGAAUUGUUCGUGAAGCUCGUCUUUUGUUCAAAGCGUUCCAGAAGCUGUCCACAAAUUUUCUAGUCUUCGAUUUUGAUCAAACCAAGACCUAUGAAUUGGUUUCUAAGAAAAAUGCGGAAGAAGCCUUCCAGUUGAUAGAAAUAGAGCUGGGAUUCCUGUAUGAUCGGCUUUAUUCUAAGGUGACAGAGAUUUCUUGGCUACGCGUCAUUCUCCACUCUAUCACCUGCUUAUCCUCUAUUUCUGCAUUAGUCGUCUUCUCAAUAAUGACAACGAGAAAGAACGUCUAUUCAAAAAAGGAUACGAUGAUAUCUUACUUGCUGCUGGUUGGAGCUGUCUUGCUUGACUGUUAUUCUAUCACUGUGCUUCUCUUGUCCGACUGGGCUGUGAUUUGGUUUACUAGUAGUAAAGUAGUGGGCGAUUUUCUGUAUCGAAUCAAUUGUCUUUCUCCGUUACUAUCAUUUUGCAGGGAGCGGAAAAGAUGGUCAAGAUCUAUGGGACAACACAACUUAACAAGUGCUCAAUCAAACAAGCCAUUGAACGAGCUUCGUGAGCAGUACUUCGCAGGGAAAUGGAGCAUUCAUAGCCGGGUUGAUGUGGACGAGGUUUUAAAAGAAUUGAUCUUUCAACAAGUCAUGGAUAAACGUACAAGGUACGGUCCUGAUACCAGUAAUUUCCUUGAGCUAUUGGAAGAGAGAGGUUACAAUUCGCUUCUAAGCAAGUGUUGUUUACAUAAACUGGGAUGGAGCGUGACUGAUGUAGAAUUCACUCAAAGCCUCCUCAUUUGGCACGUUGCUACUCGUGUUUGUUACAUUGACGAUUAUCAGAAAAAUGGUUUUGCCAAGGAACGAAAUUGCGUAAUGAGCAGCAGAUCAUUAUCCAAUUACAUGCUGUAUCUCCUGGUUUAUCGUCCAGCUAUGUUAGCGACAGAGCUCAGCGGAACAAGCUAUGCAGAAACUACCUUUCAUUUGCGUCGUCUCCUUCGCACGAAAACAAAAGAAAAAAUGGAGGGAAACAGUACCUUAGACGAAUUGGAUGCGUUAUCGGUUCAGGAAGUGGAUGCUUUUUUCAAUAAAUUGCUUUUAGAUCCACCUGCCAUGUUAAAUGAAAUUAAACGUACAUACGAAGGAGGAAUGUCAGCCCUGCUAGAUGGUUUCGUGCUUGCUAUGUCAUUGCAGUCAUUGGAAACACAUGAUGGUUGGCCAAAUGAAAAGAAAUGGGAAAUGAUAAGUGAAGUGUGGGUGGAAAUGCUGAUGUAUGCUGCAAGUCAUUGUGGAUGGAAGCAGCAUGCUGAUGCACUUGCUCGAGGUGGGGAGCUACUCACUCAUGUCUGUCUUCUCAUGUCACAUCUAGGUUUAAGUAAGCAAUGUCCACCUGCACUAAGUGACCAAGUAGAUGCUCGGGCUAAAAGGCUUGGUGAUCUGUCUCGACGUCAUUGGGUCUGUGAGAUUCCCCUUGCUUAG